UUGUUUUGAACACAUCCCACGGAGAGCCUGAGAAGAACAGCUGACAUUUAAAUUCUAUAAAACUUUUAUUAUUAGAUAAUCAAAAUAUAAGUAAGAAUUAAAAUGAUUCGUUCUCGAAUAGGAAAUUAUUCAAGUAUCUUCUCACAAUGCAAAACUUGGUUAAAUGCUUCCAAUUUAAGAACACAAGAAAUUUCAACAACUUCUGUGAAACUUGCUGAUGAUAUCAAUAAAUCCGUAAAACUUAAUGAACCCGCUGUGAUCGAUACUGAUCAAUUUUUGAAAGAGGACAAGAUUAAAGGUUACAUUACCAUUGAUAAAGAGCCAAAUUUAGCAUCAAUUAAUGGUGCCCCAGAAGAACAUGUAAGGGAACGAAGAGUUCGAAUUUAUCAACCAGCCAAAAAUGCUAUGCAAAGUGGAACAAGUAAUAUUGGUCAUUGGCAAACCGAGUUUGAUACUAAAGAUCGUUGGGAAAAUCCAUUGAUGGGUUGGACAUCAACAGGUGAUCCUUUAUCAAACCUAAAAAACGAAUUUAGAACAAAAGAAGAGGCAAUCGCGUUUUGUGAAAAAAGUGGUUUCAAAUAUUACAUUGCUGAAAGUAAAACAUCGAAACCGGAACGUGUUAAGAAUUAUGGUGUUAAUUUUGCAUGGAAUAAACGUACACGUGUUUCAACUAAAUAAAAUAAUAAUUGAUGAAUUAUUUAAUAAAUAAUUAUGUGAAUUUUUUAGUAAUUCCAAAUAUACUAUAUUGUACAUA